UGGUGAGGAGUGUUUUGAUGAUUUGGUUUCCAGAUCCUUUUUUUCAAUAUUCAACCAGUGGAACUUGGGGCAUUAAUUUUGUGAUGCAUGACCUGAUGCAUGAUCUAGCAACAUUCCUCGGUGGGGAAUUCUAUUUCAGAGUAGAUGAACUUGGAAAAGAAACCAAAAUUGAUAGAAAGACUCGUCAUUUGUCUUUUGCAAGAUUCAGUGAUCCAGUCUCAGAUAUUGAUGUUUUUGAGACAGCAAAAUUUCCAAGAACUUUCUUGCAGAACACUAAUAAAGAUUCUCCAUUCAACAACGAAAAGGCAUUACGUAUUACAGUGUUGAUGUUUAAGUACUUGAGAGUUUUAAAAUUUAGUGACUACCAAAGUGAGUUUGUUCUGCCUGAUUCAAUCGGUGAAUUGAUCCAUUUGCGUUACUUAAAUCUCAGUGGUACAUCUAUAGCAAUACUGCCAGAGUCAUUGUGUAAUCUGUACCAUCUACAAACUUUGAAAUUGGGUUUUUGCUUUAAUCUGACUAAGUUACCUAGAGACAUGCAAAAUCUUGUAAACUUGCGUCAUCUUGAAAUUUUGAUAAAAGAAAUGCCUAAAAGAAUGGGGAAACUAAAUCAAUUACGCAAGUUGAGUUAUUAUGUUGUGGGCAAGCAUAAAGAGAAUAGCAUCAAAGAACUGGGAGGACUUCCAAAUCUCCAUGGUUGGUUUUGUAUUGAGAAAUUAGAGAAUGUUACAAAAGGUGAAGAAGCACUAGAGGCCAGGAUAAUGGAUAAGAAGCACAUUGCCGAUUUAUUCUUGGAAUGGUCUUUACAUAACGAUGAUAUCAUCGACUUACAAAUUGAAUUAGAUGUACUCGACAAGUUACAACCUCAUCAAGACCUGAAAUCGCUGGAAAUAAGCGGUUAUAGAGGAACAAGAUUUCCAGAAUGGGUGGGAAAUUUUUCUUAUCAAAAUAUAACUAAUCUGCAUUUACAAAAUUGUAACAACUGUUGCAUGCUUCCUUCACUUGGGCAACUACCGUCUCUCAAUAACCUUAUUAUUUCAAAUAUGAAUUCGGUGAAAACUAUUGAUGCAGACUUUUAUAAGAAGGAUGAUUGUUCAUCUGUGACGCCCUUUCCAUCCCUUGAAUAUCUAAGCAUUCUUAAUAUGCCUUGUUGGGAGGUGUGGAAUGGUUUUGAUUCAGAAGCUUUUCCUGUGCUUAAGCAUCUGGGUAUAGAACAAUGCCCCAAACUAAUGGGAGAUCUGCCAAAUCACCUUCCCGCUCUGCAAAAACUCACGAUUAUAAAUUGCGAGCUUCUUGUUUCUUCUAUCCAUGGGCCUCCCACACUUCGAACAUUAGAGAUAGGUAACAGCAACAAAAUAGCGUUUCACGAGUUUCCUCUUUUGGUGGAAAGUAUAGAUGUAGAAGGAGGCCCAAUGGUGGAGUCCAUGAUGGAGUCUCUAAUAUUCAACCUACUUGCCUGCAAUCUUUGAGAUUACAAAACUGUUCGUCAGCUAUAUCUUUUAGAGGUGGUCGUCUUCCUCCGUCUUUGAAAACUCUUGAUAUCAGAGGUAUAAACAAACUGAAAUUCCCAUUGCAACACAAACACAAAUUACUGGAAUCACUUUCAAUAUAUAAUAGUUGUGAUUCGCUCACGUCUCUUCCAUUGGCUAUCUUUCCAAAUCUCACUUGGCUUUGUAUCACAAACUGUGAAAAUAUGGAAUCACUUUUGGUCUCAGGGUCAGAGUUGUUAAAGAGAAUGCACUCUUUUACUAUUGCCCACUGUCCCAACUUUGUAUCAUUCCCGGGAGAAGGAUUGUGUAUGCCCAAUUUGACUAGCUUCAGUGUUUAUAAUUGUGACAAGUUGAAGUCGUUGCCCGAUCAGAUGGAAACUCUUAUCCCAAAGAUGGAAUAUCUCUACAUAUCAAACUGUCAACAAAUUGAGUCAUUCCCUGGGGGAGGUAUGCCACCUAACUUGAGAGCAGUUGAGAUCAAAAAUUGUGAGAAACUAUUAAGGGGCCUAGGAUGGAAAUCGAUGGACAUGGUUACCUGUCUCAGUGUGUACGGUCCAUGUGAUGGCAUCAAAUCCUUCCCAAAGGAGAGUUUGCUGCCUCCCUCCCUUGUGUCUCUGGAACUAGGUGAUUUGUCUAGUCUGGAAACGUUGGAUUGCAAGGGCCUUCUCCAUCUCACAUCACUCCAACAAUUAUACAUUAAAAGGUGUGAAAAGCUGGAGAAUAUUGCAGGAGAAAAGCUGCCUCUCUCUCUAAUAAAAUUAACGAUAUAUGGGUGUCCUUUGCUGGAACAACGAUGCCACAAAAAGGACCGUCAAAUUUGGCCUAAAAUCUGCCAUGUCCCUGGGAUAAACAUUAACGAUAGAUGCAUUUAACGAGCAUGGAUGAUGAGAAAAACACUGAAAAUGUUGCAUACUCUUUAACUCUUAGACAUCUGAAGUGCUGUUUUUCUCAAUAAUUGUAGAUGAAGAAGGCAGAGUGGCUGAGAUAAGGGGAGAGGGGGCAAUGAAAAAUCGAAGAGAAUAGCACCUAUCAGUGACUGUCAGGAGUAUAGCACCGAAAAAACAUCAGCAUGCAGGAACUAUAAGUCAUGAGGGCUGGGAUAGGUAAUAACUAUGAAAGUCACAGAGAUCAUCCCGGUGUUACAGCUCCUAUUUUGCCUAUAGCAUUAUGUCAUGCUUCACACUAUUGCUCUGCUAUAUGUUAAUACAUAUUUGAAGUUUUACCUUUUUUUUAUGAAUAUUGUGUUCCAGAAAACUAUAUACUUCCCAUUCUGUGAUUAUCGUUUUGAAAAUGGAUUUAGAAC